UUUUUUAUUUCAAGGGGAGGAGGAAACGGCUGUGGGAGGCGACGUUAACCAACGCAUUGUUAAAUACUCUUGUGCGGGAGGGUGGGACCGAUUUUGCAAAGCGAGGCUAAGAAAGAAAGAGAGCGUGCAAAGGGCAGCGACGCUAUGGAAUCCGACCCGGGCUACAGGGCAAGUCGUCGACAGCCGUGCUGCCUUUGACGACGCCCUUCACGGGGGUCUAGUGGGGAGAGUAAGUGCCAUGCUAGCGCCCCGCGAAGGAUCUGGGCCCCGGCAGCAAGUGGCCCUCCAAGAGGGCUCCGGCGAUCCCGAGCGGCACCAGCGCUGGGCCAGCCUCUUCGAGCAGCUAGACACCAACAAGGAUGGGCGAGUGGACAUCAACGAGCUUCGCGAGGGCCUGGCGCGAAUGGGCAUGGAGGCCGGCUCCCAAGCCGAGCAGGAUAUCUUACGGGUGGGUGAUACAGACCAUGAUGGAGAGCUCAACUUUGACGAAUUUGCUCAGUACCUCCAGGAGCGUGAACGGAAAUUGUUGCUGAUGUUUCACAGCCUGGAUCGCAACAAUGAUGGCCAGAUUGAUGUCUCUGAGAUCCAGCAAACUUUCCACAGCCUGGGAGUUUACAUCUCCCUCCAGCAAGCAGAGAAAAUCUUGCACAGCAUCGACAAAGAUGGCACUAUGACCAUUGACUGGCAUGAGUGGCGAGACCACUUCAUCCUCAAUCCAUUAGAGAACAUGGAAGAGAUUGUGCACUAUUGGAAGCACUCAAUGGUCCUUGACAUUGGGGAGUGCCUCACUGUUCCUGAUGAGUUUUCUGAGAAAGAGAAGAAAACCGGGAUAUGGUGGAAACAACUCAUAGCCGGAGCUAUGGCUGGUGCUGUCUCUAGGACUGGAACUGCCCCGUUGGAUCGACUGAAAGUUUUCAUGCAGGUCCAUGCCUCAAAGAACAACAACAUGAAUGUGUUCGGUGGACUGCAAGGCAUGAUUCAUGAGGGAGGCCUGCGCUCUCUGUGGCGGGGCAAUGGCGUCAACGUCCUCAAGAUUGCACCCGAAUCUGCCAUCAAGUUCAUGGCUUACGAGCAGAUAAAGCGAGCAAUUCGUGGGCAGCAGGAGACCUUGAGAGUACAGGAGAGAUUUAUUGCUGGUUCACUGGCUGGGGCCACAGCGCAGACGAUAAUAUACCCCAUGGAGGUCCUGAAGACACGACUGGCCCUCCGCAAGACAGGCCAGUACUCAGGUGUGGCAGACUGUGCCAGGCAGAUCCUGCAGAAGGAAGGAAUUCCUGCCUUUUACAAGGGCUACCUGCCAAAUAUGUUGGGCAUUAUCCCCUACGCUGGUAUUGACCUGGCAGUUUAUGAGACACUGAAGAACACCUGGUUACAGAAGUACAGCAAGAAUACCGCUGACCCAGGAGUUCUGGUUCUCUUGGCCUGUGGCACCAUCUCCAGUACUUGUGGCCAAAUUGCCAGCUAUCCCUUAGCCCUGGUGCGAACCCGGAUGCAGGCACAAGCAACAAUUGAGGGUGCACCACAGCUAACCAUGCUGGGUCUUUUUAGACACAUCCUUUCCCGGGAAGGGGUACUGGGCCUCUACCGUGGCAUCGCCCCCAAUUUCAUGAAGGUUAUUCCUGCUGUCAGCAUCAGCUACGUCGUGUAUGAGAACAUGAAGCAGGCUCUGGGGGUAACAUCCAGAUGAAGGAGGGCCCUGCAUCGCUGAAGUGCAGGGGACCUACCUCUCAAGAAAGGUGUUCGAAAGGCAGCAAUAGGUGGGGAAGUACCUCUUCUGCUCCAAAUGCUGUGAAAUGGAGAACUAGAGGGUGUUUGGAGUAAUUGGGUCCAGGCCAUCUUCACCAAAAGUGUAUAGUUCUCCAUAAACAAGAGCCAAUUUGCUCUCUAACAACCAAGUUCUCCCUGUGGAGGCCUUGGUU